AAAAAGAGGAGGAGUCCGGUAAGUGAGGACGAGCAAGAGCUCAGCUGAAAAACAGCUCCUUCCAGCGACACGAACAGUGCGGCUCCAACUCAGCGCCACCCGCUGCUGUGGUUGACGCCAACCGGGAACAAAUCGAUGUGAUCCCAUCUCUGCCAACAGGAGCUCAAACUGCCCUCUGACAUCCUGAGAUAUGUGCAAAAGCAGCCGUGAUGCAGCUUCAACUCAGGAAUCAAACAUGAAACUCUCCCUGCUGCUGCUUUCUUAUGAACCCAGAAUCUGUCUCUUCCUGCUCUUGUUUAUUCACAAAACUGCAACAUGUCCUAGAUGCUUAGAGAUUAUUUGAUAACUGGAUCAACCGCUAUCACCAAAUGAAGCAUCUAAAUGGCCCAGAAAAGGAAAGACUUCACUGACUGAAGGAGGAUGAAGACAAAAGCUGGUGGUGAUCCAGAGCAGCAGGGCUCAGAGAAUGAACAAAAUGCCUGAUCACUUUCUCUACAAAAAAAACCUCAAGUUGCUCUCCGGCCGUUCCGUCAGAGUAUGAAUAGGGUGGAGUCUCAUUAGCCAGAAAGCUUGCAGUGUAACUGUCAACCAACCAUCAGAGCCGACUCUUCCUGCUUCGGAACAUGGAUCAGUCCGUGCUGUUACUAUUUCUCCUGCUGAUGCUUAGAAAUGGGCUGUGCCAACAAGAAGAAGUCUGCUCCAAGUCCCUGAUCAGCUCCUGUGAUGACUGUAUCAAAUCUGGGCCGUACUGCGCGUGGUGCCAAGCGCUGAAUUUCACCAAAGCAGGAGAACAGGAAGCGGUGCGCUGUGACACCAAAGCUAUUUUGAGAAGAAAAGGUUGCCAAGAGACAGAAAUCAUCUCCCCUGAAAACAAACCAGAAAUCACCAAGAAUGAUUCUCUGUCUGCCUCAUCUGAAAAUAAGGAAGUUGUCCAGAUGAGUCCUCAGAAGAUUAACCUUCAACUCCGACCUGGACUUCCCAUUUCAUUCAAUGUUUCUUUUAAGAGAGCUGAGGGUUAUCCAGUGGAUCUCUACUACCUGAUGGACCUGUCUUACUCCAUGAAAGAUGACCUGAACAAUGUCAAAAACCUAGCAAAUGAUCUUUUUACUGCUCUGAAAAAAAUCACAAAAUAUGCCAGAAUAGGGUUUGGUGCCUUUGUUGAUAAGACCGUUCUUCCUUACACCAAUACCAACAAGGAGAAACUGCUGAAGCCGUGUGAUGAGGAUUACCAGCAGUGCCAAGCUGCCUUCGGCUACAGACACGUGCUCAGCAUGACGCCAAAUGAGGCGGACUUUAAAAAUAAAGUGGGAGAGCAGUUCAUCUCUGGGAAUCUGGAUUCUCCAGAAGGAAGUCUGGAUGCAAUGAUGCAGGCUGCUGUUUGUGGGGAUAAAAUAGGUUGGAGGGACAACAGCACUCGGCUGAUUGUGCUUACCACGGAUGAUGGAUUCCAUAUGGCUGGGGAUGGAAAGCUGGCCGGCAUACUGGAACCCAAUGAUGAACGCUGUCACAUGGAAAACAACCUUUAUGCCAAGAGCAGUGAGAUGGACUACCCGUCUGUUGGACAGUUAGCUACGGAGUUGGAAAAAAACAACAUUCAGACGAUAUUUGCAGUGACACAAAACGUGGAGCCUGUGUACAAGGAACUCUCUAAAAUGAUUCCAAAAUCAGAAGUCGGAGUUCUGUCAUCAGAUUCUAAGAAUGUUGUUCAGUUGAUCGAAGGAGCCUACAAUGCGUUAUCCUCUAAAGUGACCAUGACUCAUGACGGUCUCCCUGAAAACGUGAGAAUUGCCUACAAGCCAAUAUGCAGUUAUCCAGGACAACAAAGAGAGAACCAGGGGGUUUGUGACCAAGUGCAUGUGGGAGAAGAGAUUAAAUUUGAGAUUACCGUGACUGCAGACACAUGUAUGGAGAACAAGUCCUUCACUAUCAGUCCACAGGGCAUUAAAGAAACAUUGACUGUGACUAUAAAUACCAAAUGUCAGUGCCAAUGUGAAGACCACAAAGACAUUUCCCAUCCACACUGCAGUAACAGUGGAAGCAUCAACUGUGGUAUUUGUAGGUGCCACGAGGGUCACGUCGGUCAGUUCUGUAACUGCAAAAUUGGGGAUAAAGACGAGCACAGCCUGAGAGCUUCCUGUCAGAGAGAUAAUGGCACUGAGUGUGAGGGUCGCGGAGACUGUGUGUGUGGCCAGUGUGUGUGCCACAACACAGAUAGUGGAAGCAAUUACUAUGGAGCCUUCUGCGAAUGUGAUGAUGAACACUGUGAGAAGUUCCAGAAUCAACAAUGUGGAGGAAAUGGGAAGUGCAGGUGUGGAAAAUGUAAAUGCAAUGAUGGUUUUGAAGGCUCCGCCUGUCAGUGCAAGUCUUCUGAUGAGUCCUGCCGUACCACAAACAACAGUGUGUGCAACGACAGAGGGACCUGCAAGUGUAACCGCUGUGAAUGUAAGGGAGGAUACCAGCGUCCACACUGCCUCGAAUGCCCCGGCUGCCCUGACCCAUGCCAGACCAAACUGAACUGCAUUGAGUGCCUCGGCUUUGACUCUGGUCUCUUGAAAAAAAACUGCAGCAUUGCUUGUAGCAAGAACAUUUCUCAUGUCAUGGUAGAAAAGUUCACCUUUUCACCCAAAGAGUGCCGGCAGAAAGACAGCGAGGGAUGCUGGAUCCUAUUUAAGCUGGUCCAGUUGGUUGGAGUGGAAAACUACAAGGCUGAAAUUAUGAAACAAAGAGAAUGUCCAGAACCACCCAGUGUGAUAGCUAUCAUCGCAGGCUCCGUUGCAGCCGUGGCCCUCAUCGGCAUUCUGCUGCUGAUGCUCAUUAAGUUACUCAUCUACAUGAAGGACCUGAAAGAGUUCAAGAAAUUUGAGAAUGAAAAGAAGAAAUCCAAGUGGGCAGAGGCCGACAACCCACUGUUCCAGACUGCCACCACCACUGUGGCCAAUCCCACAUUCACUGGUGGAGAAUAACACCACUGUUGCAGCACACAACAGACAGCAAUUCAGGACAAAGACUGCAGACAAGUUAUAUCUGUUUCUAAUGCUAACAUAUUAAAAAUAUGCUUACAUAUUUACCAUAACUGCAUUUAUAUAGACUUGCUUCUUAUUGAUGAAUGCUGUUUUAUUUUGUCAUAAUCCAACAGUUUAUUUUAUCAGAAAAGAUUUGAAUUUUUUUGUCUAAUGCUAUGCAGUACAUAUACCUAUGUAUCUAUAUCUCUGUAUGUUUCUGUCAAUCCACACUGAAUUAUCCAAAAACAGACAAAAUAUCCAAGGUGCUUCCUUCUAUUAUGCUUCAUUAUAAACAAUACACUGGUGCAGUUUUGCUAUUGAAACUAUAUUUCCCAGAAUAUCAAUGCUAAAACAUUUGAAGUGUAUAAUUCAUUAAGAAGUUAUGAGGCAUCAAAAAUGCUGGGAAAAAAAAAUAAAGCAACUGGCAAAAUGCCA